AUGGGAAUCACCCGCUUGUUGAAGAAAUUCAAUGGUAGGACAGAUCGAUCAGCGGUGGCCAGCUCUACCCCGCAACCAGAAGCACCAUGCGCCCCGCCAUCUCGCCCAUUUGGACUGGAGGUCUUGGUCGAAGGAAGGGAUCCUGUCGUGGACAUCGUUGCAGUUCAUGGUCUAAACGGCCAUCGAGAGCAUACUUGGACUGCCAGUGGCGGCAAGCAUUGGCUGCGAGACUUCCUUCCGACCGAUUUGCCCAAUGCUCGGGUCCUUUGCUGGGGAUAUGAUGCCAACACACACUCGAGUUCUAGCGUGAGCAUCCAAUACCUAUAUGAUCACGCUCGAGAACUUGUCGCAGAUCUGACCAGGAAGCGGGGCUUGACCAAUGUCUGUAACCACUUAACCGUCGUAUCUAGCGGAAAUACUGACAGCAAUCAGUCGAGAGAACGGCCGAUCAUCUUUGUGGUGCAUAGUCUUGGUGGCAUCGUCGUUAAGAGUGCCCUCAUCCACUCCGACACCGCACGUGAAGGCGCAUUGGCCGAACAUCGAUCUAUCAAGACCUCCACACAUGGCAUCUUGUUCAUGGGAACCCCUCAUCAAGGAGGUAAUGGAGUUCAACUGGGGCGCGUGCUCGUCAAUGUCGCAUCCAUCUUCGUCUCAGCAGACGAUCGUCUCCUCAAACACCUCGAGCGAGAAUCCGAAUGGCUACAGCAGCAACUGGGGCAGUACGAGCCCAUCAGCGGAGACUUUGUGACAAAGUUUGCUUACGAGGUGUACAAAACGCCUACUCCCUUGGGACAGAUUACGGUUGUACCGAGAGCAUCAGCUGUUGUUCCCGGCCAAGCAGACGGCGAACCGAUCGCUAUCCAUGCUGAUCAUAUCAGCAUGGUGAAGUUCGCUUCCAAAGAGGACCCAAGCUAUGUUAAAGUGUCGGAGGUACUUCAAAUCAUGGUGGCAAACGCUGGCAACAACAUCCGAUCGAGGUGGGAGACGGAGGAGAGGGUUACGAGGGCACGAAUUGGCAACGAAACACCUGAGAAAAAAUCUGGCCCAUUUUACUCCAUCCCAUUUCCAGAUAACAAAGGCUUCGUUGGGCGGAGUGAAACGCUCCAAGCCCUUCAAUCAAUAUUGUUUCGCGACAAGUGUCAGAAAGUCGCCCUCUGUGGCCUUGGUGGCAUCGGAAAGACUCAAGUUGCCUUGAAGCUCGCUUACCUGACAAAGCAAGAAAAACCUGACUACUCGAUAUUCUGGGUGCCAGCAUCAAGCAAGGAAACCUUUAAUGAGGCGUACCUAGCUAUCGCUAGAAAGCUUGACGUUCAUGUCACUGAUGAUGAAGAUCUCAGGAUAGCACUGAGAGAGCAUCUCAGCUCGCCUGACUCCGGCAAGUGGCUUCUCAUCAUCGAUAACGCAGACGACGAAGGCGUUUUAUAUGAGUCAGAAGAUGGCCUCGACAGACUCUACGACUGUUUGCCUCAGAGCGACGAUGGUGUGACUUUAUUCACUACCCGCUUCUCACGUGUAGCAACGUCCGUCGCCGGAAGAAACGUUGUCGACUUGGCAAGUAUGAGCCUCAAUGAGGCGAGCGACUUCAUGAGGCAAUCGUUGGUGAAGGCUCUUUAUAGGGAGGGGAUUAUGCUUAAGGAACUCCUAGAAGACCUCACAUAUCUUCCCCUCGCUAUUGCGCAAGCUGCAGCGUACAUGAACGAGAACAGAACAUCGAUGCAAGAGUAUCUUGGCUUGCUUCGAAACACAAAGCAGGACAUGAUCGAACUGCUUAGCAGCGAUUUCCAUGACAGAACACGAUACAGAGACAGGAAUUCACAAAGCCCAGUAGCCACCACAUGGUUUAUUUCAUUCAGCAAAAUUCAUGAAUGCAACAAGCAAGCUGCUGAACUGCUCAUGUUUCUCUCGUAUAUUGAGCCGAAGGGUAUUCCGCGAUCGAUCAUGCCAAAAUUAUCUUCAGAGCAACAAAUAACUGCAGCCAUUGGCACACUAUGUGCCUACGCCUUUCUCACGCAACGAGGAAGCACAAAGGUAUAUGACAUGCACCGCUUGGUACACGUAUCGACCAGUAUUUGGAUUGAGAGCCAAAACAGCAAAGACCAAAAAGCAGAUCUUGCGCUCGAAAUUUGGGAAAGUGCAGUGCAGCAGGUUACUAGGGUAUUCCCCUCAGAUGCACACGAGAAUCGAUAUUUGUGGAAAGAGUAUAUGCCGCAUGCUUUGAGACUGUUGGGGAACGAGCUGUUGAACUCAGUGAAAAAGGUGGACUUAGGCUACAGGGCCGGGCGAUGUUUGAAAGUGGAUGGCCGAGUCAAAGAUGCCAUCAAGCUACUCGAGCACGUUGUCGACGUUGGUAAGACGACGCUUGACGAAGGACAUCCUGACCGACUUGCGUCACAACACGCACUUGCAGGGGCAUAUGAAGCCGACGGACGAGUCAAAGAUGCCAUCAAGCUACUCGAGCACGUUGUCGACGUUGGUAAGACGACGCUUGACGAAGGACAUCCUGACCGACUUGCGUCACAACACGCACUUGCAGGGGCAUAUGAAGCCGACGGACGAGUCAAAGAUGCCAUCAAGCUACUCGAGCACGUUGUCGACGUUGGUAAGACGACGCUUGACGAAGGACAUCCUGACCGACUUGCGUCACAACACGAGCUCGCUAGGGCAUAUCAAGCCGACGGACGAGUCAAAGAUGCCAUCAAGCUACUCGAGCACGUUGUCGACGUUGGUAAGACGACGCUUGACGAAGGACAUCCUGACCGACUUGCGUCACAACACGCACUUGCAGGGGCAUAUGAAGCCGACGGACGAGUCCAAGAUGCCAUCAAGCUACUCGAGCACGUUGUCGACGUUGAAGAGACGACGCUUGACGAAGGACAUCCUUCUCGACUUGCGUCACAACACGCACUCGCAGGGGCAUAUAAAGCCGACGGACGAGUCAAAGAUGCCAUCAAGCUACUCGAGCACGUUGUCGACGUUGGUAAGACGACGCUUGACGAAGGACAUCCUGACCGACUUGCGUCACAACACGCACUUGCAGGGGCAUAUGAAGCCGACGGACGAGUCAAAGAUGCCAUCAAGCUACUCGAGCACGUUGUCGACAUUGGUAAGACGACGCUUGACGAAGGACAUCCUUCUCGACUUGCGUCACAACACGAGCUCGCUAGGGCAUAUCAAGCCGACGGACGAGUCAAAGAUGCCAUCAAGCUACUCGAGCACGUUGUCGACGUUUGUAAGACGACGCUUGACGAAGGACAUCCUUCUCGACUUGCGUCACAACACGCACUUGCAGGGGCAUAUGAAGCCGACGGACGAGUCAAAGAUGCCAUCAAGCUACUCGAGCACGUUGUCGACGUUUGUAAGACGACGCUUGACGAAGGACAUCCUUCUCGACUUGCGUCACAACACGCACUUGCAGGGGCAUAUGAAGCCGACGGACGAGUCAAAGAUGCCAUCAAGCUACUCGAGCACGUUGUCGACGUUGGUAAGACGACGCUUGACGAAGGACAUCCUUCUCGACUUGCGUCACAACACGCACUCGCAGGGGCAUAUAAAGCCGACGGACGAGUCAAAGAUGCCAUCAAGCUACUCGAGCACGUUGUCGACGUUCGUGAGACGACGCUUGACGAAGGACAUCCUGACCGACUUGCGUCACAACACGCACUUGCAGGGGCAUAUGAAGCCGACGGACGAGUCAAAGAUGCCAUCAAGCUACUCGAGCACGUUGUCGACGUUUGUAAGACGACGCUUGACGAAGGACAUCCUUCUCGACUUGCGUCACAACACGCACUUGCAGGGGCAUAUGAAGCCGACGGACGAGUCAAAGAUGCCAUCAAGCUACUCGAGCACGUUGUCGACGUUCGUAAGACGACGCUUGACGAAGGACAUCCUUCUCGACUUGCGUCACAACACGCACUUGCAGGGGCAUAUGAAGCCGACGGACGAGUCAAAGAUGCCAUCAAGCUACUCGAGCACGUUGUCGACGUUCGUAAGACGACGCUUGACGAAGGACAUCCUUCUCGACUUGCGUCACAACACGCACUUGCAGGGGCAUAUGAAGCCGACGGACGAGUCAAAGAUGCCAUCAAGCUACUCGAGCACGUUGUCGACGUUCGUAAGACGACGCUUGACGAAGGACAUCCUUCUCGACUUGCGUCACAACACGCACUCGCAGGGGCAUAUCAAGCCGACGGACGAGUCCAAGAUGCCAUCAAGCUACUCGAGCACGUUGUCGACGUUGAAGAGACGACGCUUGACGAAGGACAUCCUUCUCGACUUGCGUCACAACACGCACUCGCAGGGGCAUAUAAAGCCGACGGACGAGUCAAAGAUGCCAUCAAGCUACUCGAGCACGUUGUCGACGUUGGUAAGACGACGCUUGACGAAGGACAUCCUGACCGACUUGCGUCACAACACGAGCUUGCAGGGGCAUAUGAAGCCGACGGACGAGUCAAAGAUGCCAUCAAGCUACUCGAGCACGUUGUCGACGUUCGUAAGACGACGCUUGACGAAGGACAUCCUUCUCGACUUGCGUCACAACACGAGCUUGCAGGGGCAUAUCAAGCCGACGGACGAGUCAAAGAUGCCAUCAAGCUACUCGAGCACGUUGUCGACAUUGGUAAGACGACGCUUGACGAAGGACAUCCUUCUCGACUUGCGUCACAACACGCACUCGCAGGGGCAUAUGAAGCAGCUGAAGCAGCAAACGAGAUCCUGAAUUAAGCAUUUUAGGUAGUCGACAACAUAAUUCAUGAUGAAUUUGAGUAAGUUGAGUGUGCAGGGUAACGUACGAGUACUCUGCAGCCAUCGUUACGCGUCUUUUGUAGCUUUGCUGCAUGGCUAAUGGAGGCCUUGUCCAACGCAAGUGCAUGUUCCGACUUGAUUCGCAUCGCAGGGGCACUGUAUCGUGCGGCUGUAGCAAUUUCAGCGUGAUAAGUUCUCGCUGGUUAAG